UAGGUUAAAGGUAUUAGUUACUAGUACUAUUUAUAAACCUUUUCCGGCAAGUUAAUACCGGCGGAAUAACCCGUAACAAAAAUAUAUGUACAAAAAAAGUCCAUGAAGGUAAUCCGGUUCCGGUGGUUCCAUUCAACGACGUAGACAUGAAUCGUGUACCGCCUCCGUCGUGUCCACCGCCGGAAAACGUGUUCUCGUCAAUAGCAGAGGAAUCGGAGUCCCCGGUGCAGAAGAAACUUAAGAUCGACGAAGAAGAUGGGGAUUCCGUUGUUAGCGAUACUUCCAGUGAAGAUAGCUUGGUUUUCAGCGAUGAAGUGAAUGAUACCUCCAGUCCCAUAAGACCGACUUAUAGCCAGUAUGAUUCAGACGAAGACUUUUGCCCAUAUUACCCUCAGAAAAUGGAUAAAGCUGUUUGGGAGAAGUAUUACCAACAGGUUAAGGAGAGCGAGGGAUUUGAUAUCACAGAUUAUCCCGGACAGUGUGCGAUGACAACUGUCUACCCAAUGCCAUUCUACUUGAACGACCCUAAGAAUGUUGACAUGAUGACAGAUUAUGCUGGAAAAGCACUUGGGCAAUACAAUGAUGAAAAGGGCACCAAUUACGAGGUCAAUGACAUUUUGACGGUGAAUGGAGGUGGUUGUCGUGACUUCAUAUUCUAUAUUACCUUUUCCGUUAAAACACGUGAUGAUAAGGAUGACAUUUUUCAAGCAAAAGUUGUGAAAGAUUUAAGAUACCGCUUGCAGUUUCCGUUGGUCAGGCCAAAGGCAGGUUUGGCUUUCUGUUACAUGGAAGAGCUUUUCUAUUUGAUAGAGCUUUUUAGGAGAUUGGUUGCAAUGAAGUCUCUGAUUAAUAAUCAACAAUGAUCUUUGAGGUCUAAUCGCAUUGUUUUGUUGUUGUUAUUGCUUCCACAUUUGUAUCCCCUUUUCAAACUGUUUGGCAAAGCUUAGUUAAGCUCUAUUGAAAUCAACCUCUCUAUAUCUACGAGGUAGGGGUAAGGUAUGCGUACACUUUACCCUCCUCAGACCAGACCCCACUCUUUGAAGUUAGCUAGUAACUGU